UUAUUAAAAAUCAUUUGUAUAAUUUUAUCUCGGGCGGGUGGUUGUCUGUUGUCUUCGUCUUGUCGUUGUCGUUGUAGAUUCGAUUCGAUUGUUGCUGUGACUCUUUCAUGGUUUUGAAGUAACGAAAACAAGAACAAACCAAAAUUACAUAAUUUUUAAUUGAAAUUCGAUUUUCGUGGGUCGUAGUGACUGCGCGCGGUCGAUUACUACUUUGUAUCCAAAGAAAACGAAAGGUUUUCGCGAAAAGGACGUGCUUUUUUUGUGCACUGCCGUCCCUCAGACUUAGUUUCACUCCAGCCAGCAAGUGAAGAAGAGGAAUUUCCUUGGGUUUCUGAAAAAACAACACAAAACGAUUCCAGAAUCUCUACAACCAUGAGAAAUCAAUCGCAUAUCAUCCCAAUUGCCGUUGGCAUUGCAUCAGUUAUUGCUGGAGCGGUCUUAGUACACUAUUUUAUAAAUAAACAAUCAAAAAAAUCUGGAAAAUCAAAACCCAACAAAUCGGCUCGCCUUAAGACUCUACAAGAUCCCAAUGACAAAUAUCUCCUGCCAUUAAUCGAAAUAGAAAAACUAAGUCAUGAUACACGCAGAUUCCGUUUUGGCCUGCCUUCAAAUCAACAUAUCCUUGGGCUACCUGUGGGACAACAUAUUCAUUUGAUAUCAACAAUUAACGAUGAACUGGUCAUAAGGCCCUAUACACCGAUAUCGUGCGAUGAUGAUCAGGGUUACGUUGAUUUAGUUGUUAAGGUUUAUUUCAAAGACAUCCAUCCAAAGUUCCCCGAUGGCGGAAAGAUGACACAGUACUUGGAAUCAAUGAAAAUUGGCGAUAAAAUUGCUUUCCGAGGACCAUCUGGUCGAUUGCAGUAUUUGGGUAGUGGGGAAUUUUCUAUUAAAAAACUCCGCAAGGAUCCACCAAAGACUGUCCGAGCCAAGAAGGUGAACAUGAUUGCUGGUGGUACUGGAAUAACACCAAUGUUACAACUUGUAAGGGAUGUCCUGAAGAACAAAGACAAAGACUCCACAGAGCUGUCACUUUUAUUUGCCAAUCAGACUGAGAAGGAUAUUCUCUUGCGCCCUGAACUUGACAAAUUGGCACAGGAGCACCCAGAUCAAUUCAAAGUGUGGUACACUGUUGACAGAGCCGCUGAAGGCUGGAACUUCAGCGUAGGUUUUAUCAGUGAAGAUAUGAUAAAAGCACAUCUCUUCCCAGCUGAUGAAAACACAUUAGUGCUUAUGUGUGGACCACCUCCAAUGAUUAAUUUUGCUUGCAAUCCAGCAUUGGAUAAACUAGGAUAUCAUCCAGAUCAAAGAUUUGCUUACUAAAAAAUUUUCAAAAAAAAAAAAAAUGUAAGAUAAAAUAUUCAAGUCAUAGAAAAUUAAACAAACAAAAUAUUUUUCUCUACGGGAAAGAUUAAAUAUUAAUGUAUGUAUGUUAAUGGUAAAUCAAAAACAAACAUUUAAUUUCAAAAAAGGCAUUAAAUCUCUUAUUAAAUAAGAAAAAUGCAGUCACAAAAACAUAACCUUAAAUCAAAAAUAUCAUAAAUAUAAUUGUAUAUUUUAGGCAAAACAAAAAAGAGGAAAACAAAUUUAAAUAUUUAAAACAACGAGAUGCAUUUUGUAAUGGGAAUAAAAUAAUUUGCAUUAUUUUUAGCUAACAUUUGAAUAUUACAAACAAAUAUUGUAGAUACAAAUAUGAAAAUGGAAAAUAAAACAAGAAAAUAAAACAAACUUAA